AUGAACAAGACAUCAAUCGGCAAUGGUGGGCUUUCUCAAGCUGUCAAGACGAGAUAUGAACAAAAAAAAUUGUUUGCACGUGUUAGGAAAUUUCAAGGAUUGAUAGUGUUCUAUCUUAUUGUAGAUGCUACCUCUUAUGGGCAUUGGCAAGUUGAUAAAAUUAAAGACGAAACCAAGGUGGGUAGGCAUAGCUCAAAUGUAGAAUCACAUUCAUGGCCUCUUAUAGGGAGUGUGAUUGGGUGCGGGUCAGCACUGGCCAAGUGCACUGUGUGGGGAUCUUGA